UUUGAAAGUAUUUUAGAAGGGCUUUAUGGACCAAGGCUACGAAGAGACCUCAGUUUAUUUGAAGACUGUGAACCUGAAGAAGUGACCGACUGGUCUAUGGAAGAAAAAUGUUCCUUUUGUAAUUUACAUAAAGAAACAGUCAGUGAUCAUACAACAGUCAUUGGUUCUUUGCAGUCAACCCCUACAGAGGAACUGUCAUCUCAGGGCCAGUCCAACACUGACAAAAUUGAAUGCCAAGCAGAGAAUUACCUAAAUGCACUCUUUCGCAAGAAAGAUCUUCCUCAGAACUGUGAUCCUAACAUUCCCCUAGUUGCUCAGGAAUUAAUGAAAAAGAUGAUCCGUCAAUUUGCAAUUGAAUACAUUUCAAAAAGUAGUAAAAUGCAAGAAAAUAGAAACGGUUCAUCAUAUGAAACAAGUCUGAUACGUAAAGGUAUCCAACUGAACCAAACGGAAAAUUCACUUCAGGAAGAACAGGAUAGCCCUCUAGACCUCACUGUGAAUCGAACACAAGAGCAGAAUACUCAGCCAGGGGAUGGAGUGCUAGAUCUCUCUACAAAGAAAAUAAGUUUGGAACAGUCAGCAUAUGAUGGAUCAUGUUCUGAAAAUUCGGUGUCUGGGAGACUCCACAGACACAGAGAGGACUAUGUGGAAAGAAGUGCUGAGUUUGCAGAUGGUUUGCUCUCAAAAGCAUUGAAAGACAUUCAGUCCGGAGCACUGGACAUAAAUAAAGCAGGCAUACUUUAUGGCAUACCUCAAAAAACUUUACUUCUCCACUUAGAAGCCUUACCAGCAGGAAAGCCUGCAUCCUUUAAAAACAAAACUCGAGAUUUCAGUGACAGUUAUUCUUACAAAGACAGUAAAGAAACUUGUGCAGUGCUGCAAAAAGUAGCCCUGUGGGCAAAAGCUCAAGCAGAGCGCACAGAAAAAAAUAAACUCAGUCUACUUGAAACCUCAGAAUUAAGAUUCCCAACAGCUUCCAGUUACCUCCACCAGUUAACCCUACAAAGAAUGGUCACUCAGUUUAAAGAAAAAAAUGAAAAUAUACAAUAUGAGGCAUCAACUCCAACCGUACAGUUAAAAAUCCCUCAACUAAGAAUCAGUGCUGUGCCCAAACAGCAGCCUGAUAGUGCUGGACUCCUCGAUGUUAUGUACCAUGUUUCCAAAACCUCAUCAGUCUUGGAAGGAUCGGCUCUUCAGAAACUGAAAAACAUCCUCCCUAAACAGAACAAAAUUGAAUGUUCUGCAUCUGUAACUCAAUCAAGUGUUGACUCCUACUUUCUGCAUGGGGACCUCUCUCCUUUGUGUCUUAAUACUAAGAACGGAAUUGUUGAUGGAACCUCUGAAUCUACAGAAGAUGGCUUCGAUCGCAAGGAUAAUAAACAGCCAAGGAAAAAACGUGGUCGCUACCGGCAGUAUGAUCAUGAAAUAAUGGAGGAAGCAAUUGCUAUGGUAAUGAGUGGGAAAAUGAGUGUUUCCAAAGCACAAGGAAUCUAUGGGGUACCUCACAGCACUUUAGAAUACAAAGUUAAAGAAAGAUCUGGAACGCUGAAGACUCCUCCGAAGAAGAAGCUCCGAUUACCAGACACUGGGUUGCUUCACAUCACAGAUUCAGGGACUGGCACCUGCAAAAAUAGCAGCAAGCCUAUGUAG